UCAUCAUUGCUUCGCCGAGCAAGAAACAUUCAGUGGCCUUAAGAGGAGGAGAAAUUUGAUCAACUGUACCUGAAAAAAUACGUCUCCAAGCCCCAUGGACGCCAUAGUCAUGUACCCAUUGCCGGUCAUUGGUCACCUGAAAUCCACGGUUGAGUUAGCUAAGCUCAUCCUCAACAAUCUACCUUCACUUUCCAUUCACAUCAUUGUUUUUAAACCACCUUACGACGAUGGCUUGAAUGCCCCUUUUAUUAACAAAGUUUCAGGUACUAUUCCUUCUAUAAUCUUCCACUAUCUCCCCACUAUUACCCUCCCUGCAUCAUUUAUCUCUUCCAUUAGGACCCCUGAAACACUCACCUUUGAAGAAGUUCUCCUCCUUAAUAAUCCUAAUCUUCACCAAGCCCUUGCUUCUAUCUCCGAAAAUUGCACCAUCGUUGCCUUCAUCGCUGAUUUCUUCUGCUACGCUGCUCUCUCGGUUACCGCUAAAUUCAAUAUCCCUACUUACGAAUUCUUCACUUCUGGUGCUGCUUGUCUCUCCCUCAUGCUUUACCUUCCCACAAUUCACAAAAAUACCACCAAAAGUCUUAAGGAUAUGGAUAUGGAUACCCUUUUUGAUAAUAUCCCUGGCAUGCCACCCGUGCCUGUCAAAGACAUGCCAAAGCUAUUACAUGAACGGGAUAGUAAGAUCUAUCAGUACUUGUUAGAUGCGUCAAUUCAGUGCCCAAGAUCAGCAGGAAUUAUAAUCAACACUUUCGAGCCCCUUGAACCCAGAGCUGUCAAAGCCAUGACAGACGGGAUAGCUGCACCAGACGGCCCCCUUUUAUCCCUUCCACCCCUCUACUGCAUCGGACCAUUGAUUGUAUCAGAUAAUCGGGGAGGUAACAUCGGUGGUGGUGGUGAACCAGAGUGUUUGGCGUGGCUCGACAUGCAGCCGAGCCAAAGUGUUGUUUUUUUGUGCUUUGGUAGCUUAGGACGCUUCUCUGUAGAACAGUUGAAGGAGACUGCUGUUGGGUUGGAGAGAAGUGGAGAAAGGUUCUUAUGGGUGGUGAAGAAUCCUCUUUCUGAGGAAAAACCAGACACGGGUUUAAAUUUGAUACUGCCAGAAGGGUUCUUGGAUCGAACCAAGGAAAGGGGAUUCGUUCUCGAGUCUUGGGCUCCACAGGUGGAGAUUCUGAAUCAUGAUUCGGUGAGUGGGUUCGUAACUCACUGCGGGUGGAACUCGGUGCUUGAAGCAGUGUGUGCUGGUGUUCCAAUGUUGGCAUGGCCUCUCUAUGCUGAGCAAAGAUGCAACAGGAUAUUGCUAGUGGAGGAGAUGAAAAUCGCUUUGCCAAUGGCGGAGUCUGAGGACGGGUUUGUGAGUUCAGCUGAGGUGGAGAAGCGAAUCAGAGAGUUGAUGAACUCGGAAGAAGGUAACUCAGUUAGGAAGCAAAUUAUGGCGAUGAAAAAUGAGGCAAAAAAAGCAGUAAGUGAGGGCGGGUCGUCUUCUGUUGUGCUAUCCAAAUUGGUUCAGUCAUGGAAGUUAAACUGAGUUGUGUCUCCACUUGGUUCACAACUCGUAUCGCAGUGCUGUGUUUACGCCGUCGUUUUACAUUGAUAUGAAUAAGUCCGAUGAUUAAGUAAUUGAAAGCCCUAAAGCAGCCAGCUAUACGGCAUUGCUAAUGCUCCACUCGAGCCGAAUCGGAUUCUACUCAGUUAUUAUUGACUCGACCUUGUGUUUGAAUUGGAAUUGUUUAAGUAUUUAGUUUGAAUAAGAUGUUGCUUGAUUUAGUGAAUUUGUGAGUUCAGUGGAUUGUAAAAUAUUAUUAAAUUUAUGAAAAUUUAAAAUAUUAUAUUUAUAC